GUUGUCAUUUGAGAACAUAUUUAUAUAUCAUUAAUAUAGAAUUCUAUUAAUUUAAAAAAAUUAAAUGUUAUAAUAUAUUAUUGAAUAUAUUUUAAGAAAAAAGGAUUACAUAGAACAAUAUUUGUAGUAAUCCAUAUUUACUCAUUUAUACGUUUUUUAUCUUUAUUUUGUAUAAAAAGCUAAAAUGAGGAAAUGGUUUAGAAAUUAUAUACAUGUUAAGCAGCUUACCAAUCCUCAAUAUGGAGCAUACAUGAAAAACAGAUUAGUAUUAAUCUAUACAUUUGCUGCUUGGAAUUUAUUUGGAAUUGUAUUAACUAUGUGUUAUAAACAAAAUUUACCCACACCUCAUGAUAGUACUGAUUAUGCUAAAGUGUUGGGAAUUAAAGAUGCUACAGUCAUACAACUUUCUAAUUUUUCUAAAGUAAAUCAGUAUGAGAUAAAAUUGACUGAUAAAGAGCUAAACGAUUUCUCUAGUGUAAUUGGAACGGAAGAGGAGUUGAAAAAAUAUGAGCAGCAAAAUGAAGAGAGAAUAAAAGCAGCUAAAGAGAAAAAAACAAUGUGAUUACGAAUAGAUAAUUUAUUUUAAAUAAACUUUAAAUUUUUUACAAUAGAAACUUCAUUAGGUUAAAAGAUAUUUAUUAAUAUUUGAUAGAAAAAUAUGUCCUGUUCAAAAGAUUAUGUAAAAAAAUAGUUAAUCAGUG